GUUCCGCCGAUCCCCUUCGCUUCUCUGUGCCGUCCUGUCAUGGUAGAAACACAGGCAUUCACACAGAACACAUAAUGCAUUUCAGAACGAUCCGAGAAUUUAGACCUUGGCCGUAGUGAUUUUUAGAUCCCACUCUUACAAUUCUUCAAAUAAGUGUGUAGCUAGCUCUACCUUCUAUUUUGGUUUAUAUUUUUAGAUCAACUCACGUGCGACGCCGGUUUCAGUGCUUUAUUUACGUUUUACUUCCGUUUAUCGAAGACAUUUUCUUUGUCGACCAGUGAUCCAAUGUGAGGCAAAGAUUUAUUCUGUGUCCAUACUUAUUAUAGUUAAAAAAUAGUGAUGUUCCAGUGCAUUAUCCAGCAGAAGAACGGUUGGAUUCACUCCUAUAAUACCGAAAACAAAGAUGUAUUUCCAGAUAUUCGAUUGCAAUUAAACGAACAACUAAGAUGUCUAGAUGUGCGUAUGGAAGCGCAAGUUGCUCUUCUAACAGAGAUUCAAGAUGUUUUCCGCAGAAGAGGUGAAUUGGAGCUAGAUUAUUCAAAAAAUCUUGACAAAUUAGCCAAAACGCUUUUACUUCGACAUAAGGAACAAAAACAAAAAAGAGAACAGUGGCCUUUAUUUUCAAGUUAUACGUGUUGGCAGCAAUUGGUUGCUCAAACAAAGAAUUUAAGUAGAGAUCAUGCUGCCUUAUCCGAAGUUUAUUCUAAUCAUUUGGUUGCCCGUCUCUCACAAGUCAUGGAAGAUGUACAGAGAAUUUAUAAAAGGUGCAGAGAAAUCGGUUAUGAAACCCACGAAGAAAUCCUCCGAGUUUUACAUGAACUUCACACAACAAUGAAGACAUAUCAUAGCUACCAAGCCGAACUUCGACAAACGGAAACAAAAUUACGAACUGCCGAACUUCAAAGAAGUAAGCUGGAACAAUCUUUUACUCAAGACAAGUUGGAAAGAUCAAAAAAGUAUAAAUUGAUGGAAAAGGAAGUGAUGAAGAGAAGGAAUAAACAUACAGAUGUGAAACUAAAAGCCCUUAAAGCCAAAAAUGAAUAUUUAUUAUGUUUGGAAGCUGCUAAUACUACCAUUCAUAAAUAUUUCGUGGACGAUUUAUCAGAUUUGAUCGACUGCAUGGAUUUUGGUUUUCACAAUUGUAUAUCUAGAGCUCUAAUGAUGCAUAUAUCUGCAGAAGAAGGCCGACACAAAUCCGUUCAAAACGACUUGGAUUCAUUAUCUGCCUGUAUCAAUUCACUAGAUUCUCGUUUAGAUAAACAGAGGUUUCUAGAAUACAAUCAUGCUGCAUUUAUGAUUCCAAAAAAGUUGGAAUUUCAACGACAAAAGACUGAUGAAUCUCCAGAACCAGCAAUUCAGAGUAUACUGCAUAGAGAAAUGGAAACGAGACUGACCCAACUACAACAAAGAGUUACUUCUCUCAGAGCUGAAUCUGAAGAAGUAUGGAAAACUCUGGAAACAGCCGAAAGCACAUUGUUAGAGAUGUUAUGUGCAAAAGAUUAUGACUGCAGUGGCUAUUUUGGUGAGAAUCCAAUGCCUGUUACGAAACCUCCUGAGACUGUUUCUAUAAAACUUAGAGCAGAUAGACAAGAGACUGAAGAAUUUUAUUUAACUAAAUUUCGAGAAUAUCUCUUGGGUUCAACUAAAAUAGCACGUUUGGAUGCCAAGCAGGAAUUUUUAAGACAGUCCUUACUAGCAGAGGCCCCAGAUUUUUGUAACUCUAUAAAACCAGUCAUUAAAACGCCUAAACGUAAAAGAAUUGGUAGACUUCAAAUGAGUGGACAGCCAAAACUUUUUGGAGGGUCUAUUGAAGAGUACCAAGAAGCCACAAAUCAAGAAAUACCCUUAAUAAUGAGAUCUUGCAUAAGAGUUAUCAAUUUAUAUGGCUUACAUCAUCAGGGUAUAUUCAGAGUAUCUGGAUCACAAGUUGAAAUAAACAACUUUAGAGAAUGGUUUGAAAGGGGAGAAGAUCCUCUAGCGGAUAUGACAGAUGCUUCUGAUAUAAAUAGCGUAGCUGGUGUGCUAAAAUUAUAUCUCAGAGAAUUAAGGGAACCACUCUUUCCUAUCAUAUAUUUUGAGCAGUUUAUGGAAAUCGCACAAUUAGAGUCCAAGAAAGAAUUCAUAAGCAGAAUGAGGGAGUUGAUGGCUAGUCUGCCGCGCUCGGUGGUAGUAGUGUUAAGAUAUUUAUUUGCUUUUUUGAAUCAUUUAUCCGAAUUUUCUGAUGAGAACAUGAUGGAUCCUUAUAAUCUAGCAAUUUGCUUUGGACCAACUCUAGUCCCUGUACCAGAAGACAAAGAUCAAGUACAGUACCAGAACCAAGUUAAUGAGCUUAUUAAAAACAUAAUACUAUUUAAUGAAGAAAUUUUCCCAAAUGAUGGGGGUACAGUUUAUGAGAAAUAUAUUUCUCCCAAUUCUGAAGACCAGGACGUUGGUGAUUCCCCCGACCAAACGCAAGAAGAUAUGGAUUCAGAAGUAUAUCCUUCCGAAGAUGACUCUGAAAAUAUUGAAGCUACUGCACAAUUUGAUUUCAUAGCUAGAUCUGAUAGAGAAUUGUCCUUAAAAAGGGGAGAUUCUAUAACUUUAUAUUCACAAGUUUCAAAUGAUUGGUGGAGAGGAAUUGUUAAUGGACAAGAGGGUUUGAUUCCAGAUAAAUAUAUAUCAUUAAAAAUUAAGGAUGACGAUAGGGAUAAAGUAGGAUUGAAAUCAAGUUCAUCAGAAGAAUCAGUCCAAAGAAGAACCCUCAGCUCCACAGAUUCCAUACUUUCUGAUAAUUAUACAACAGUUAGUAGCUCUACAAAUUCUCCUACAGUGCAGUAUACACCAAUAACUUGGACUAAAGUGUCGGAUUUAGCUGAGUCUACUGAAAAUGCAACAGUUUUGUUAAACCAAACAAGAGAGCCUACUAAUAACUCUACUAAUUCUGUUGAGCUGCUUACUGAAGCAAAAGUAACGUCUCCAACUGAACCCGAAAAACCGAUAGUGGUUCCGCAACCGCUGGAAAAUUCUACUCUUAAAUCAGAAAAACUUCUUCCUCAAUCCGAAAUAGAUGAAAGCAAUGUCAACUUUUCGGAGAAUCGAGAAUUAUGGCAACGUCGUGCUAUUUUAGAAUCUUCCCUAUUGGCUUCUCCUGUUUUAAAAUCACAAAGACUGUCGGAGCCUCACUUACAAAGACACAGCCACACACCUGAUUUGGUCAUGGAUCUACCCCUAGUAGGUACCGUUAGUAAAGAACAGCUGACGAAAUCAGCAACUACUCUGACUUCUUUACCUGAUACUUCGCCCGAUAAAGAUACUAAAACUGUUGAGGGACCCUCAGGCGCCGAUAGCCCAGAUAUGCAAACAGCAGCUGAAACUUUCGCCAAACAGAAUCAAUGUACUCUGAAAAAGAAUAAGAAGAAUCAUAUACCCGAUACUCCUGAAUACGUCACCAUUACAAGUCCUAUGCCAGAAAGAAAAUACGCCACUUUGGAACCAAACAUGACAAUGACUUCGACGUUUAAACCUACAGGCGAAUCGAAACCAAUGGUGCUCAAAAAACCUGUUUUCUCGAUGCCACUGCGAUCUGUUUCAAUUGAAAUGAUGUGCCAGGACUCACCUGAUCUUCCAACAUAGAUUUUCGUAUUUUUCUGUUGGAUAAUCUUUUUAUUGCACGAUUUUUGCAAAUUUUUAAUUCAAUGUUUACUUCUUUGAAGAAUAUUGAAUGUUCUUACGAGGAGAUGGUUGAUUUUGCAGCCAUUUUGAUAUUUUCACUCUCAAUAUAUUGUUUAUAAUCUUAGAAUAUCAAUGUAUAUACAACAGGAACAUAAAUAUUGUGAUAUCAUUAUGCCUCGACUAAAUAUGGAUCGCCGUUGUAACUUAACUCCUAUUUAGAAAGUGACUUGAAACAAAUUCCUCAAAAGAUUUGAAUUAGAAAAGGUAGUAAAAAAUAUAUUUCGGUCCCUCUUAAUGACAAUUUAUCAAAUUUUUAUUUUUUUAUUAAAUUUCAUCUUACUAAUUAUUUAAAUUUACGAACUAAUACAUAAAUCAUCAAAUAAGUUGAUUCCAUCUUACAUAUAUUUAGAUGAUCAUUCUUCGGCAUAAAUACUUUCAACAUAUUAGGCAGUUGAUAAUAGUAUAAGAAGAAUAUUGUUACGUUAGAGUGUGGAUGAUGUUACUGAUGUGGCAGUGCUGAAGUAGUGUUGCUUUGAUCAAGAGACAUUAAUGCCAUCUGAUACCCCAUUUGCAAGCAAUUUUAAUUAUCAGUUACAUUACAUUCCCAAAUAAAUUAUGUAGUAGGUACAGGGUAGCUAAAACUUUUAUUCUAUUUAAAUUUGACCAAAUUACUGUUAGUGGUGAUUAAAUCAAAAUUUCUGAAAAGAUACAAAACCGAACAAAGUGACAAGACUAUAAUGUACUCGAAAAAACACUCAAUGGAUUGGUUGUGACUUAUGUGAUUUUCACAAUAAGCAAUAUAACAUGCCAAAACAGUUAUGGUAUACCUCGAUAAUAAGCAAAUAGGUACGCCAAAUAAGUUGAAAUUAUUUCAGGGAAUGCUUCCUUUCACCAGUUUGAUAUACUCUAGCUUCUUUGGAUUAAUAGAAACAUAUUCAUUGGCGUAAGCCUGUUAAAUUGGUAGUGUUACUUCUGCUGAUGUCCUACCAAAACUGAAAGUAUAUAUUAGUAGACCAUCACUAAAAUAUUCGGAGCAACGAUGCCUUUUUUGUUUGUGUCGUAUUUAAGACCCAUGAAUGUAGACAAUGUGAAGGAUACUUUUCGUUAUUUUGGCACCUUUCGUCCAAAACAUUCAUCCACCACACAAUUUUCCCUUCUAAUAUUUGGGCCACCAUUUUCUAAUGUCCGAUAUCUGAGUUGUCUGCUUCAUGAUUACAGAAAAUUUGGAGUAGUAUGUUAUUUUGUGAAAACGUUUUGUGUCUGUUAAAGCCUGUAAAAAUCUUGCUAUCCUUUGAUUUAUACUCUGAUCAGAACAGUUGUCAGAAAAAAUGAAAAGCUCCUUUAUAAAUGUGUCUAGAAAGUUUUCAAUGUAAUGCAGUAUCAAUGAACAAACUUCAUUGGCGCUUUUGUUGAUCAUACCCUCAUGAUAUGUGUAAAAUAUCGAUUUUCCUAUACUCAGAUUUUUUAUACCGAAACAAUUAAUCAUAAUUGACGAAAAGAGAAAAUCUCCUGAACGAGUAUACAGGUUAGUAGCAAAUUCUGUAUGAAAUUAAAGGUUACAGCUGCCAUAUCAUCACGUGUUUUCAAAUUUUCUUUUACUUCAGAUAUCUUUUUGUGAAAUUUCUUUGCUUUUCUUUUGUGUAUUGCUAUUUCGGCUUGUGCAGUUAAUGUGGCAUUUUGUUUUAAGCUUGGACUUCACACAUAAUUCCCCAUAAGUUAUACAUGUAUCCACCUGAGGUCUUCCAAAUCGUAAAGACAACUUGUAGAGGUUUUGUGUUGACUUUAGGAUGCUUUUCGCAUUAGUUAUGAGGAGUAAGUUAUUUUACAACAAAUAGACUACUACAGAGCCUCCUGACUCUGUUCUGUAAAGCCAUAAACUGAUUGGAAUGCGUUUUUGCAAACUUUUUUGUUCUUUUCUGGCAAAAGAAUGGAAUAUUUGAAUAAAUGCUGCCUAGACAGUGCUCCUUCUUUCCGUGGUCUCUGAGGUUUUAUAAUGUUUUUCAAAUAAUUGUUACAAGAAUAUAUCUUGUUCGUUCCUACUGACAAAAUCAUUUAUUUUAUCAAUACUGUGGUCGAGGUCGCCUUUUACAAGAUCGUUGAAACACUGUUUUCUGCAACUAAAUGGAAAAUAAUAUAGUAUCUUUGUAGUUACACUUUUUGGGGAAAAAACCUGCAAUUUGGUCCCGUCACAUACUGAAAUUUUAUUUUUUUCAGGGAUCUAUCAUUAUCACUGGUAUCACUAGAUCGUUAAUAAGUACAUACAGUGCAUUACUAGCAUUAGAACAGCUACCUGAUCAGUCAUCAUGCUCAGAGUCAAAUCAACACAAGUCAUUGUUUUAGCAGUGAACAUUCAAAGUAGAUUCAUGCUUUUCACAUAACGAAAUAUGGGAUUUACGUUCUUUUACUACUAAACGAUGUAUUGACACUCCGUUAGCUUAUAGUUACACUGUGGUAUGUGCAGUAAACCAAGUAUUGAGAAAAAAAAUACAGUUUUUUGUGUUAAUUUUUGUGCAAUACAAAACAUACAACUUGGUAACGUUAUCAAAAACUAAGUAUCCUUAUAAUUAUGAAUAUCAACAAAAGUUACGGAAAAAUACAAAUUAAGUAUCACUAUUUUUGGGAAGUAUAGCCACCUAAUAUGCCCUAUCCACCUCAGGCAUCCACUUGAACAUGCUUUUGAUAGCCUCAACUUUAUUUUGGAGAAGUUAAUUUUUAUUGGUAGGACGAACUGGUCUUUAUCUUUUUUUUAGAAACAUUUUUUCUGGUAGGGCGAUAAUCACGAAUGGAGACCACUCGUUAUUGGCGUGGCUAACUAAAAAGGUACAAUUUUAUAGUUGAAUUGACCAGCAUAGGACUUGUAGUCGACGCAAUCAACUUCCAUUAAUUGAAUAACUUUGUAAAGGUUUCUUGGAGAAACCUUCAAAAGCAACCGCAUAAGUGAUAAUGGGGAAUAAUAUUCCGAUUUUUUCAGCAAUCUUUCUAUGCAACUAUGAACUGCGUCAAUUUCUUGAUUGCAGGAAUGGCCCGGAGUUGAAAACUUCAUUAUUGUGGAUUCGAUGUUUGGAUUCCUAUUAAUUAAGAGUGAAAUUGCUGAAGAAAUUAGGGAAUUUCUACUCUGGGGCAUGCAGCUGUCACUCCAUAGUAUUAGAGAUUUCAAGUUAGGAUUGUCUCUGAAAACAGCAUCUCAAAUUUUCAGCAAGGCACUUGCAAUGUGAUUCCCGCUUCUACCCAUAAGACAAAGUUGUAUGUGCAUAAUUUCUGACCAUAGGCAUGAAAUAUAAAAUUACAAAAGUAUGUGUAUCGCCAUACAACCAUGUUAUUUUGAAGUUAGAAUGUUCGAAAAUCUUUAUGUUGUACAUACAACUAAAAAUCGAAAUUCAUAGUCAUACAACAACGUAUUUAUGGUUGCCCAUGACGUAGAAUGCAAUAUACAGCUUUGAAAUUUUUUAGCAAAAAAGGUUUAAGUACAAACAACUCUGUGCUCCCCAAAACUCAAUUUCGGAAAAAAUGCGACAUACAACAAGGUAUCGACUCAUAUACAUUAACCGUUCUUUUCGGUUUUUUUGACUUAUGUUGUUUUUGAAACGAGUUAUUGAAUUGAUUGAAUCUGUUAACUGAUACUCAUGUCAAUAUACUUUAAAGUUGAGUAAUAAAUUGAUUGAAGAAAAUUAAUGGCUGUGUCUUCAUGCCGUAAGUAGUAGAAUAUCUUGAGAAAACUUAUUAUUAAAGUUAAUGUAAUUAUUAACUAUUUCAUUUUAUAGACUGUACCAAAAAAUUUAACUAUCAGAAUUUUAAUUAAGAUAUACAGCUAUUGAAAAAGCUGAAACUUCUUUAAGAAAUGAUAAAUGAAAAAUUUGAAAAAGGGUGAACAAAUUAACAAACAAAAUAAAUCCUAAAAAUAACACAUUGUUUAUUAAUAUAAAGCAAAUAUUGAAAAUAUAUGAAAAAGUUGUAGGGUCUAUACGCCAUAAAUAGACUAACGUUUAAAACCUUUAACAUGGAGCCAAUUUCCUGUACUAAUAAUAAAACAUGCAGCUAUUUAUAUGUUUGUUACCAAAAAUACAAAAAUAAAGAACUGCAAAGUGAGAAUGAUUAAACUAUAUGUUGUAAAUGUUUAGGACCUAAUUUCUUUAUGCCUGCAUAGAAUUAUUCAUAAAUUAUUUCACCUCAAUAUUUCGUAAUAUGUGCAAUAUGAACAGUUUCCACAAUAUUUCAGAAUAACAGGAAAAUUGUUAUUAAAUCAUCUCCUCUUAAUUAUUCAAUAUUACCACAAGUUUAUUUUAGCUUUUAGAGUAAUAAAUCAAAUAGAUAUUUUUUAACUCAAGCCGCAAAUAAUUCGGACAAUAUUAAUAAAAAGUACUAUUUAUGUAUUUGUUUUACGAAAUGACUGGUUCUCAAACAGUAUUUUUCUAUUUAUUGAGGAUUAAAAUAUAUAGGAUAGUAGAGGAUUAUCAAGUCUAUUUUCAAAUUUUUUUAAGAUGGACAUUGAGCAUGAAAUUAAUUAAUUGUGGGCCAAUGAUUAACGACUAAAUAAUUUUUAAUCCCAUUACAUGGAUCCAAUAUUCAUUUUUUAUGAUUCUCUAAGUAUCGUAUUACCUCUUGUUUACACCAGAAUACUCCUAAUAUACCCCAAUUUAAACUGUUUACUUUGGGAUUUGAUGAUUAUUAACUAAAUUAACUCCAAUCACACUAUGUUAUUAUUCUAAAUAUCUAUUGUUCAAAUUUUCUUAGCAUGUAUGUAAUCGACCACUUUGCCUUGCUUAACAAAACUUCAUGUUAAAAUAUUAAACUUAUAAAAACUUGAGGUACUAAGAUAUUAAGUAAUGUCUAUAUUUUGUAUGAAUACAAUAUAAUUAAUAACUAUUUUUUAUUCUUAACUCAAUUUUUUCCUUGAAAGGAGGUAAUCAAACGAAUAUUGAAAAGCUUUGUCUUGUUUGUUCAACUUGUUUUAAAAUCUCAUUUUCAUGUAUAGUAUUUAGUACAUAACCAAUCAAUAAUUUCACUUUUUUAAUUCUAUGCUGCUGAAAAAUACAAGUUUCAAAUUAUCAAUAAGUAUUUAUAUUCUGUUGGACCUCAAUACUCAAUAAAAUCUUAUUGAUGUACUAUUGACCGAAAAAUCUAGCAGCAAGAAGUAUUAAAAUUGUUUAAGGAUAAUCCAUAAUUCGUAAAUCUUGCAGCUUACCUUUUUGGUCCGUAUUUCAAUAGUUUUUAAAUGUGAUUAAAAAAUCGACCAAAAUACUAAAGUAUAGAAGUAUUCAUCUGCGCUCUCUUUUAUACUUUCUUUAUUUCCCUGCGUGAUAUGAACGACAGUUUUUUAUUAGUCCUUUCAUUAUGUUGUUUUCUUUUUAUAGAGGUUGCAAUAUUUUCUUUCACUCGCUACUCAUAAUUCUAAUCACAUACAUUAGCUAAAUAGUGAACAGUAAAAUUCUUUGGAUAAAUUUUUAAUAAACCAAAACUUACUAAAUAUAUAUUAGUAUUUUCCAACACUAAAAAAUAAUUUAGUUAAUAAUCACAUUAAAUAAUUUUAUUUUUAGAAUAUUAAAAUAUUUUAUUUAUUAUCUAAUCAUAAAUAUUAACCAACUGGCGUUUUUUAUAGUAAAGUUGUGAUAUAUCCACUCAACAAUUUUUUAUUGCUUUAAAUUUUUAUAUGUGUAAAUUGAAUUAAUGCUAGUUUGUAUAUGAAUAUUUACAUUUGAGAUUAUCUGUAGCUAACUUGAUUAUCGAAGUGUAUUCUCUAGACAUAUAUUCAGUACAAGGUGUGUACUUCUUAAUAAAAAUAGAGUCCUUCAGUUAUUUGGGAAACUACUAUUUAAACUUUUUACUCCACUUUUUUGUGUGACUAACACUAAAAA